GAACAGGCUCUAACUGAAGAGAAAGAGGAAUGAAGCAACUCCUGCCUCUCUUUCUGCUUUUUGUGACAUUUUCUUCUGCGUUUCCUGCAGACCAGAGGGAGGAAAAUGAGGAAAAUAUACAACUGGCUCAGGCAUAUCUCAACCAGUUCUACUCUAUUGACAUAGAAGUCAGUCAUCUCUCUCAAAGCAACAACAGGAGUCUCACAGACAGCAAACUCCGGGAAAUGCAAGCAUUUUUCGGAUUGGCAGCGACAGGGAAGCUGGACUCUAACACACUGGAGAUCAUGAAGACGCCCAGGUGUGGCGUGCCCGAUGUGGGGCAGUAUGGCUACACGCUCCCUGGGUGGAGAAAGCGCAAGCUCACCUACAGAAUAAUGAAUUAUACUCCAGAUAUGCCACAAGCGGAUGUGGAUGAGGCCAUCCAGAAAGCUUUAGAAGUGUGGAGCGAGGUCACACCACUAAUGUUCACCAAGGUCUACAAGGGGGUUGCAGACAUCAUGAUUGCCUUUAGGACGCGAGUCCAUGGUUGGUGUCCUCGUCACUUUGAUGGGCCCUUAGGAGUACUUGGCCAUGCUUUUCCUCCUGGCCCGGGUCUGGGCGGUGACACUCACUUCGAUGAGGAUGAGAACUGGACAACCAAGAAUGCAACAACAGGAUUUAACCUGUUUCUUGUGGCGGCACAUGAAUUUGGCCACUCGCUGGGGCUGUCUCACUCCAACGAUGCCAAAGCACUGAUGUUCCCAAAUUACGUCACCUUGGACCCUGGAAAGUACCCACUUUCUCAGGACGAUAUCAGUGGUAUCCAGUCUAUCUACGGAGGUCUACCAACAGCACCUGUCAUAACAAAGGGAACCAAUGUACCCCACGCCUGUGACCCGGGCUUGACUUUUGAUGCAAUCACCACUCUCCGCAGAGAAGUAAUGUUCUUUAAAGGCAGGCACUUAUGGAGGAUUUAUUAUGACAUUGCUGAUGUGGAGUUUGAAUCAGUUGCUUCAUUCUGGCCGUCUCUGCCAGCUGAUCUUCAAGCUGCCUAUGAGAACCCCAAAGACACAAUUCUGGUUUUUAAAGAUGAAAACUUCUGGAUGGUCAGGGGGUACGCUGUCCUGCCGGGUCACCCCAAGCCCAUCCACACUCUCGGCUUUCCAAGACGCGUGAAGAGAAUCGACGCAGCUGUUUGUGACCGAGACACGAGGAAAACCUACUUUUUUGUGGGCAUUUGGUGCUGGAGGUACGACGAGACGACCCAAACUAUGGACCGGGGAUACCCACGGGCAGUGAUCAAACAGUUUCCAGGAAUUGGUCUCCGCGUUGACGCUGCUUUCCAGCAUAAAGGGCUCUUCUAUUUCUUUCGUGGAUCAAAGCAGUUGGAAUAUGACCUCAAGGCAAAGAACGUUACCCGAGUAUUGAGAACCAAUUCUUGGUUCAGGUGUAACGAACCAUUAAACUCAUCAUUUGACAUUGAAGGAAAGGUCCAUUCAGGAGGAGAGGAGAUAUUAUAUCAUCUAAGUUUAAUUUUGUUUACUUUAGUAUUUUUUAUCUGCUGAAAAUCAUUUAUAGUUAUCAAUAACUUCAUAAAAUAAGCCUCAAGAAAUCCUUUAAUCUGAACUCUGCCCAGAAGAAAAGAGAGCCAUUCUUCAACAUCAAGUUACCAGUCUGAGAUUUAAAUACCUACUGGGUAAAGGAUUCAACAACCAUUUCUACUUGAUUCUUUUCAAUAGGAAAUCAUUAAUUUUAGCUAUACUUUAAGCCUAUUUCAUGCUUACAGACUUGGAAAAGUAAGACAUGUCUUAUAAUUAAAUACUAACCACAUUUAUUAAACCAAUCUUCAGCACUCAGUUUUGUCUGGUCCUUCGGAGUUUCAGAGACCCAGUAAGCUGCACAGGCCAUCCCUAUGCACGCCCUGGCCUCAGGUCAUCUGUUAUUCCGGCUCCUAGAGAAAGCCAAGAGCCUGGGUAGAGGAGGUGUGUUACACCAGAAGUAGUUCCCCAGGAACUAAGGAGCUGGCAAGGGAGGAGAGAACUGCUCCCCCUCACCUCCCAAACACUGACCUUUGCACUUCUCCAUUCCUUACAGAAUAUAAAAUAGUUAUGUGCACACUGAUAGCAUCAACCAGAAACACAAGGAUCUCUUCUUUAUGUCUGAUUCAUAGUGUCAUCAUUUAAGCCUAUGAAUAGAAGUUCCUUUAUUCCACUAUGCACUUGUAAAUUUUUACAGUUAGGUUUUGUCUUUUGACUCUCCAAGCUAAGUGUCCAGCAAAGCUGUUCCUACAUUUUCUCACUGAGAUGGGAGAUGUUCAGCUGAACUCGGUGUUCCUCGGUGGUGCAUGGAGCACAUGCUUGCUGACAGGAGGGAAGCAGAGAAAGUCUCAGUAACAACAAACUUCACAGACCCUUGCUGCGCCCCUUCUGGCUUUCUCGAGGCCUGUGACUUGGGCCGGAAAGAAGAAAACAAGCAUGAACUCUGUGGAUGACAGCCACUCUCUGUGGAGCUCUGAGUGGCUGAGGUGGAACAGAAAUGAACCCCACAGAGCGAUCGUGUGCUUAAGUUAUUCUUACCUGAGAACAGAGAUAGAAAAUGGCCACGUCUUUG